CAGCUGCUUCUCUCCCUGUCCUCUGCUCUCUCUGUCUCUCCAUUCUCGCCGACGAGCUCUCUCUCCAUUCUCGACUUCGACGCCCUGCCUCCGACGCCGACGACUCCGCCUCCACAGGUUGCCAGCGACGCCCUCGACUCCGACGCCCUUUCCAGUGAACCGCGACCCCGAUGCCCUCCGGCGCUUGCCUCUCCGUCGCCCCCGACUCCGAUGCCGACGCCGACGCCGACGCAACCUCCGCCUCCGCCGCUGACGCUUCUGCCUCCGCCUCCGCCCCCGACGCCGACGCCCCUUCGCCUCCCUCUCGCGACCUCCGCCUUCGUCCGUGUCUGUUCUAACAGUAUUAUUACUUACUGAUGUGGAGGGAGGAGCAUUGUGGGGUGAAAUUUUGAAGAUUUUGUUGCUUUCUUUUCAUUUUGAGAAGAAUAUAGUUUUUACAACUACAUGAGAGGUACCGUUCAUACUAUUUCAAGUGUUGCAGAUUCAUUAUGCAUCUUGAUUGCUUUUUCACACUUUUUAAUGGAUUGGAUGUUCACUAGCAAAUGGUUGUCAACUACUACUUUGUUCCAUCGAUGCAGAGUGAUUAAGGCUGCAAAGAAUGUCUCGGGACCAACAUUAUCUAACCUCCAGCUUGCUGAAGAAGAGAUUAUUCUUGAUAUAGAUGGCACUGUUCCUCUGCAACCUGUAUUGCAGCACAUUGGUAUCUCAGCUUGGCCUGGCUGCUUCAAGACUUCUCCACCAUGAGUAUCAGUUGCUGCAUGACCAGCCUGCAAGAUGCCAUACCCCCUGGACGGAUUGCCCAAACUCACUAUCUUGAUGUCCCGGUGGAUGGGCCAACUACCAGAGUGUCAUCUAUUCAUGGAAGUGAGAAGCUGCCUAGUGUUGAUGGUGUUCGAGGUCACCGACUGCAAGUAUGCCGUGUCUUGCAAGAAGAUAGAGAGCGAAACAGUUUUUUAUCCCCUCUGAGAGAUGAUCAUUCCCUUCAGCCGAGAGAGUCUUUGUUAACAUUCAAAUGGAUGCUCACCAAGGAACCCAUCCAUUUAUCGGUCAAGAAGAUUCUUCUACGCUGCCUGACAGGACAAUUUUGCAUAAUACUUCUGAUCUGCGUGUCAAGAGAAAACGCAAGGCUGAGGAACGAAUGAGGAAAGAGAUGGAAAGAUUUGAUCGUGAAAGAAGGAAGGAAGAAGAAAGGUUGAUGCGUGAACAGCAGAGAGAGGAUGAGAGAUUGCUACGUGAGCGAAGGCGAGAAUCAAAGCGACGGGAGAAGUAUUUACAGAAAGAAUCUAUUAAGGUGGAGAAAAAGAGACAAAAAGAAGAGCUUCGUUGAGAAAAAGAAGCAGAGAGACGAAAAGCUGCAGUGGAGAAGGCCACUGCUCGCAGAAUUGCCAAGGAAUCCAUGGAGCUUAUGGAGGAUGAACAGCUGGAGCUGAUGGAAUUGGCCGCUGCAAGCAAGGGGUUGCCUUCAAUUGUUAAUCUCGAUCAUGCCACUAUGCAGAACCUUGAGUUGUUCAGCGGUAGCUUUUUUAUAGCGAUUACUAUUAAGACCAAUUUCACUCCAUUGAUUCAUUGAUUGUGUGAUAUUGUUGUUUUAACUAGGAUUCUAUGGUA